AUGUUUGAUAUGAAGCCUUGGGCUGAGUAUGUUGUGGAAUGGGCUGCAAAGGACCCAUAUGGCUUCCUUACAACGGUUAUUUUGGCCCUUACUCCACUGUUCCUAGCAAGUGCUGUACUGUCUUGGAAAUUGGCCAAGAUGAUUGAGGCCAGGGAGAAGGAGCAAACGAAGAAACAAAAUGCCAAGAAAACAUUGCAAAAGCUAAACAACUGA